AUGGCGUCAUCUGAGGGACUGGACACCGUCACCAACUGUCGGAUCCCAUUACCUGGUCAAAUGGCGGAUCCAGUUCCAUCAAGACCAUUCUUGAGCGGAUCUUCUUACCACAUCCGCCCCUGGGACGAGAACCGGCGCAACCUCUUUUCGCCGCCACUCUUCUUGAUCAUGGCUCGGACCCGCCACCGCCGUCCUGCGCCUGGACGUCCUGACGCGCCGGAGGCCCCGUAUGAGGCCGAUGCUACUGCGCCGAGGACGCGCGUGGCCGACACCCAUGAUGGAGGAGAUGUGGAGUAUGGAUACCUGGUCGAGUUUGACCUCAACUGGCCGGAGGCCAAGGCAUCCCAAGGUACUUCGAAUCCCCAGCAGCUCGAGUGUGAAGCUACUCAAGUGUACCAAGCCAUCGACACCCUGAAUUGUGCCACCACCAUGUUGAAGAUGAACAUCCAGGAUACUGCGACUACGAAGACCCCGAGUGUGGCCCGACAAUGA